CCUUGUCUAACGCUUUCCCUCAGCGUCUCCUUCCUUCCCUCGCGGUUACUCUUCUUCUUCUUCUUCCUUGCGUUUUAAUAAUUUUUUUUGUCUUCAGAGAUGGUCAAUUUUCUCGUCGUCUCUGGAUUUCCCCUUUUUGUCUUCUUCACUCCACCUCAUUCUUCGAUUCACGUCCUCCUCGGCCUCUUCUAAUCCAAUCUCCCUCCCUUUAUCCCUCGUCAUCAGUUUUGAAGUCAAAUUAUCUAAAAGAGCAGAUCUCUUCGUAUUGAUCCACUGAAACACCUGGAUCUUCUUCGUUUCUGGGUUUCAAUUUAAAACCUUUUUUGAUGGGUUGGAGAUACAAAGCUGGUUUGUUCUUGAUUGGCACUGUUGUUAUCAUAUGGGUCACCUCUGCUGAAGUUACUCAGGAUAUAUUUACAGCCUAUAAGCAGCCAUUUGCAGUCACAUACCUUGGAGCUUCUCUUAUGAUUGUUUACCUUCCCAUUGCAUUCCUCAAAGACUGGUUUUGUCGGUAUUUAGAUCGACGUUCUUCCAAAACCAAUAAAGUUCCUUCUUUGGCCGACGGGUCUUCUUCUGUUGAGCUUGGUUCUCCUUUGAGGCACAAAAUCAUUGAAAUGGGACUUCAAGGGACUAUGACUAAGAAAGAUAGUGAGGGACACCUUUCCUCCCACGAAGAAGAUGAGAGGCCGUUGAUCGGUGUUAGAGGUAAAGAUGAAGUGCAGACUCUGAAACAUGGGAAAGCUAUCACUACAAAGCAGAUUGCAAUGUACGGGCUUUACCUCGCACCUAUUUGGUUUGUGACAGAGUAUCUGUCCAAUGCUGCUCUGGCACGUACGAGUGUGGCAAGUACUACUGUAUUGUCUUCAACCUCGGGACUGUUUACUCUUUUCAUUGGUGUCUUUUUGGGCCAAGAUACUUUGAACCUGUCGAAAGUAGUUGCUGUAUUUGUCAGCAUGGCGGGUGUGGUCAUGACGACGCUUGGGAAAACUUGGGCUGCUGAUGAUUCGCAAUUAAAUUCGUCACUCAACGGGCAACGGUCCCUUAUGGGAGAUCUCUUUGGGCUUCUCUCUGCAGUCUCUUAUGGACUAUUUACAGUGCUUCUUAAGAAGUUUGCCGGUGAAGAAGGAGAAGGGGUUGAUGUGCAAAAGCUGUUUGGAUACAUUGGAUUGUUCACACUUGUUGCGCUCUGGUGGCUUGUGUGGCCAUUGACAGCACUAGGGAUCGAACCCAAGUUUACGAUACCACACUCUGUAAAAGUUGAUGAAGUUGUCUUAGCCAACGGUUUUGUUGGAAGUGUCCUCUCUGACUAUUUUUGGGCACUUUCUGUGGUGUGGACGACUCCGCUGGUAGCAACACUGGGCAUGUCUCUCACAAUUCCGCUUGCAAUGGUUGCUGACAUGAUGAUUCAUGGUCGUCAUUACUCCGCAAUAUACAUUCUUGGCUCUACUCAGGUGUUUGCUGGAUUCGUAAUAGCUAACAUAUCGGACUUGUUCUCAAAGAAGCUUGGUUUGUAGCAGGAUGAUUCUUUGUUCUUUGUUCUUUUUUCUUUUUUUGUAUGUGGUAUUUGUGGGUAGAGAAAUGUGUCAUAGAUUCUUGGUUGAAUUGAAAGCUAAAAGGGGAUUUUCCCUGUUUAAUGAAUGAAAGAUAAGAAUAUGAUUAGAUCAUUA